UGCCUUCAACUUUAAGUUGCACUGGCAACCCGAUAUCUAGGGUGCCUGCCUCAUUUUUAUUUGGUUUGGUUUGGUUUGGUUUGGUUUCAACUGAUAGCCAACUAAGAAAUACUCAGCCUUGAUCAAAGGUAGAGGAGGGAUUUGGUUGCCAGAGUAAAGAUAGGAAAAGCCAGAUCAUUAUUUCAAUUUGAUGCCAACAUAAUUGAGUAACCUGAUGCCAGGUUCCUGACAUUGGCUUUAUCAGCAUGCAGACUUUUCUAGUGAGUUUGAAUACCCGAGCGGACUGAAGGGAAGCGGAGCUACUCGGUCACGGGUGAGAUCUGACUUCAUUCAUCUCCCCGGAACACGCUGCUGUGAUGAAGGUGGUCCGGCUUGGGAAGAUUGAAUUCCUCUCUUAAAUUUCUGGAUGUUUUUUUUUUUUUUUUUUUUUUCUUAUCAGUGGAAAUUUUCUACCUAGCGGUCAAUGACUUAAUUUGAGCAAUCGUUGUUGUGGCUUUGGUUCUGCGGUGCUUUGGGAAGCUCGAGUCUGAAGGAUACAGGUCUUUUUGUGAUGACAAUAUGACCCACAGUAAAGGAAGACCUGUCACUUACAAGACAAGUGCCAGUCCGGAGAGUGGAGGAGGUUUUGUAGAUUGGACUUUAAAUUUAAAUACAAUUCAAUCUGACAAGUUUUUAAACUUACUUUUAAGCAUGGUGCCAGUCAUUUACCAGAAAAAUCAGGAAGACAGGCAUAAAAAAGUAAACGGCAUCUGGCAGGACGGGCUGUCGGGCGCUGCACAGACCUUCAGCAAGAGAUCGGAGCCACAUCUGGACUACCAUGAGUUCUCAGAGCAGGCCUUCCACAGCAGCAGUGCGCACGCUCCGGCCAGCUGCAGCCCCAAGUACGACGACUAUGCCAGCUAUAACUACUGUGACGGGAGGGAGGCUUCGGAAACCACCGCCAUGUUACAGGAUGAAGAUCUGCCCAGCGAGGGCGACGACGACGUUAUUGUGGAAACAAGCCAGAGGCUCCCGAAGGAGUCCAGUGGGGUCAUGGCUCUGCAGAUACUGGUGCCGUUCCUGCUGGCUGGCUUUGGGACGGUUUCUGCUGGCAUGGUUUUGGACAUAGUGCAGCACUGGGAAGUGUUCAAAAAUGUGACAGAAGUCUUCAUUUUGGUCCCGGCGCUUCUUGGUCUUAAAGGGAACUUGGAAAUGACACUGGCUUCUCGAUUAUCCACUGCAGUAAAUGUUGGGAAGAUGGACUCGCCCAUUGAGAAGUGGAACCUGAUCGUUGGCAAUUUGGCUUUAAAGCAGGUUCAGGCCACAGUGGUUGGCUUUUUAGCAGCUGUGGCAGCCAUCAUACUGGGCUGGAUUCCAGAAGGGAAGUAUUACCUCAGCCAUUCCAUACUUCUGUGCUCCAGCAGUGUGGCAACGGCCUUUAUCGCUUCUCUACUGCAGGGAAUAAUAAUGGUUGGCGUUAUAGUUGGCUCCAAGAAAACAGGCAUAAACCCUGACAACGUGGCCACACCCAUUGCUGCUAGUUUUGGUGAUCUGAUAACUCUCGCCAUAUUAGCUUGGAUAAGUCAGGGUUUGUACUCCUGUCUUGAGACAUAUUAUUACAUUUCCCCAUUAGUGUGUGCCUUUUUCUUGGCUCUGACUCCUAUCUGGAUUAUAAUAGCUGCCAAGCACCCAGCUACCCGGACCGUGCUCCACUCAGGCUGGGAGCCUGUCAUAACAGCCAUGGUGAUAAGCAGCAUCGGGGGCCUUAUUCUGGACACAACUGUAUCUGACCCAAACUUGGUUGGGAUUGUUGUUUACACGCCAGUUAUCAACGGGAUCGGUGGCAAUUUGGUGGCCAUUCAGGCUAGCAGGAUUUCUACCUACCUCCAUUUACAUAGCAUCCCCGGAGAACUACCCGAGGAGCCCAGAGGCUGUUCCUACCCAUUUAGGACUUUUUUUGGUUCAGGAGUGAACGAUAAGUCUGCCCAGGUUCUCCUGCUCUUCGUGGUCCCGGGCCACUUGAUCUUCCUCUACACAAUUCACCUGAUGAAGAGCGGCCACACCUCUCUGACUGUAGUCUUCGUUGUUGUGUACCUGUUUGCUGCUGUGCUGCAGGUGUUCACCCUGCUGUGGAUCGCCGACUGGAUGGUCCAUCGCUUCUGGAGAAAAGGAAAGGACCCAGACAGUUUCUCCAUCCCGUACCUCACGGCGCUGGGCGAUCUGCUUGGGACUGCUCUGCUGGCCUUAAGCUUCCAUUUUCUCUGGCUCAUUGGAGACCGAGAUGGAGACGUUGGAGACUAAUGGGACCUACAAGCUGUCGUGGGGUCACGCAGGGGAAAGACACAGGCAGCCAUUGCUGCCCCUCCCCAAAGCUCUUCAUCUGUCCUGUAACUUAUGCCAGGGUAGUCUGCAGUUCACCCUGACUCCAUAAAUGGCCUUAAUGUACUUUUUGAGGAAUUUGUGCCGAAACCACAAUGAACGGUAUUUGUGCUGCUUUUUGUAGAAUAAAUAAUUUGACACAGACAUAGAUACAAGCUCACACUCUAAAGUUAAUUAGGAAGGAAUAUAGGAUGUUUACAGUGAGUUAAUUUUGAAAUCACAGACCUAGCAGAAAUAGACUUUAUUAUUAAGUUAUAAUGCACGGUUAGAGGCACGGGAGCGUUAGCCUUCUUUGGCUUACAGCUGUGUCAUACUACAGAGUGCCAUGACUGAUGUGACAGGGGCCAGCUGAGUGUCCCUUAACUCACAAUACCCAUCCCACCGAACAUACAACCAGCUCACUUUUACCCAUGCCUAAAACCGCCCUGCGCCAACGUUCAUCUCCGCUCUGUGAGUCUCAACAGCUAACCCUUUGAGUAGGUUUGUUUUUCCUUUUGCGGAGACAGGGCUGUGUUGUCCCUGUGAGCCUUCUGCUUGCAGUCCCCUUGCUUUGGUCCCCUCCUCCAGGUGCUAAAAGCACUGAGCUGUCUUGCUCAUCCUGUGUUGAAAAAGGUUGAUCCGAUUUAGAAAACCGUGAUUAAAGCAGAAGAUGUGCUGAGCUACAUUUGCGGUCCCAAGAUGGCAUGCGUGCAUGUGCGCAUGCGUGAGGGACAGACCCCCACCCCCCACCCCCCACCCCGAGAAAGACAGAGACAAAGUAAUUUCUUUUUCAAAAAUAAGUACCAUUUAAUAUAACGCAGACCUAAGAUCUGGGACGCGCAGGGGGUCCUGUUGCCCUUUAAGGCGCCCUGCCUGUCGGAUGUCCCAAGUUGGCGUCUUACCUCAGCAUCCACCGCAUCACAGCUCCAUCUACUGGGACGCCUCACGUAGGUGGCUGUAUUCCUCAGAUGUCCUUCUGAAACUUUGGCCAAUAUCGUUAAGCACCUAACCCCUGGCUACUCAGUAGUAAGCACUUUUAGAUCACUUAGCACUUAAAAUUGCCGUGCAAUCGUUCAAGGCCGUUAAAUAUUUAAUAAUUUAAACUGCUGAGGGCAUGGACUCUGCAUGACGUUGAUUGUCAUGGCGAGGUUGUGCUGGUGAAUGUAAAUAUACUGAGGGAGUUUCUCAUUAAAUCUUUAUGGAGGCUGUGGUUUCGAGUUGUAUAUCUUUGCUUGUUUUUUAACUUCGUUCAGUUCUCCUGCCUUACAAUCAAACUUUUAAGGCAUGGAACUGAAUGAAUUACAGGGUCUCUCCUUUGGAGAGUUAGUGUCACGAGGUGAACAUUCUGACAAAAUAAGCAUAAAGUUUAAGUUGAUGAAUAAAUACUUAGUUGCAAAGAUUAUUUUAUUUAAAAAUUAAU